AUGAGCUAUCUCCUUGCUUACUUCAGAAGCAAAGUUCCUCGCACAGGAGCAGAAGCUAUGAGAACGCAGAGCCCUGAGCGGGAGCAGGAGGAUAUUGAAUUACAAAGAGAAGAGCUUAAUGGGGAGGAAAGAGAGACUGACCACAGCGAGCCUCUAAAUUCACAAACGGCUGCAACAGAAAAGAUCAGAGAUCACUGGAAAUUGUGCAGCAAUGUAAUUUUCUGGAAGUGUAAACUAUGGAUGCUCAUAGCCACAAUCUUUAUAGUGUUCCUCCUGGUAAUUCUCAUCAGCCUAGUUCUGUAUUCUACUGUUUAUACAGAUGAGGAUGACUAUUGGGAUCCUGAUGCAAUACUACACAGUGGAAACUAUCAUAGUUUUUCUGGAAAAUUCAAGUUGAAGUGUGGUCUUCCACACACUUUCUCUGAAGACAUCACUAAGAGGUUAACAGAAGUCUAUAGUUCGUCUCCUGCUUUGGGACGUUACUUUAGGUCAGCUCAAGUGGUGAAAUUCAGUAAUGAAAGUGCUACUGUAUUUUAUCAGCUGGAGUUCUCUGUACCACCAUCAACAGAGGGAUUUAUGGAAAACAUAAUGAAUCCAGAGUUUAUAAGGAAUAUUUUACGUCAAAAUAUUUAUGAUGAAGAAGAUGUGCUUCAUCAUGGGCCAACUGAAUGUACGAAGCUAAAGCUUGACCCAACUUCUCUUACAUUAACAUUUAUAUGCAAACCCUUUGCGCUAGCUUCAGUCAACUGGGAAUUUCAUCAUUCUCUUGUUCGCCCUAUAGUCUUCCUAAAGAAGGAAUAA